AUAUAUGCCGCCAUUUUAACUGUUUCCGUGGAAACCAUAAAAACAAACUUUUAUACAAAGUGAAAUAAUGUGUAAAAUUUUAUUGUAAAAUUAAGUUUUCCAUAUGUAUAUGUGUACAUGUGAAUGAAUAGAAGAAACAAUGAAAGCUUCUCCUACUUGGGUUGAUAAGGUUCAAGAUAAAUCCGAACGAUGUAUAUAUGAUUUAUGUUUUAAUCCGGAUGGAACUCAGUUAGUUAUUGCUGCUGGACAGCAAGUUCUUGUUUAUGAAACUAACGAAGGUACUUUGAUUCAACCAUUAAAAGGACACAAGGAUAUAGUUUAUUGUGUAUGUUAUGCAAGAGAUGGUAAAAAGUUCGCAUCAGGCAGUGCUGACAAAAGUGUUAUUAUUUGGACAUCAAGAUUAGAGGGCAUACUUAAAUAUUCACAUAAUGAAGCUGUUCAAGCUAUGCAGUUCAAUCCAGUAUCACACCAACUUUUAAGUUGUUCUUUGUCAGACAUAGCAUUUUGGUCUCCAGAACAGAAAGCAGUAGUAAAGCAUAAAUCAAGAGGAAGAGUAAAUUGUUGUGCUUGGACAAGCGAUGGACAAUAUUUAGCGAUUGGCUUAGCAUCUGGCUAUGUGUCGAUUAGAAAUAAAAAUGGAGAAGAACAAACACGAAUUGAGAGACAAAAUGGUGUGCCUAUUUGGAGUUUGUUGUGGAAUCGUCAAUGGGAAGAUUCAACAGAUGUUCUCUGUAUUGCAGAAUGGAACGGGAUCCUAUCGUUUUAUUCAAUUUUAGGCAAACCAUUUGGAAAAGAUAGAUCGCUCAAUUUUAUCCCUCUUAAAAUGUGUAACUUUGCUGGCGGUCAAUAUAUUUUAGUUUCUGGAAGUAACAAACAAUGUAUAUUAAUGACAUAUGAUGGUAUACAAUUAAUGAACAUUGGUGGUACAUUUUCCUCUUGGGUUUGGAGUUGUGCUGUACAUCCAACUUCUACACAUGUUGCAUUAGGUUGUCAAGAUGGUACAAUAACAUAUUUACAUUUAUCUUGGGACGUUAUACAUGGAUUAUAUGGAGAUAGAUAUGCAUAUAGAGAAAAUAUGACUGAUGUAAUAAUACAAAAUUUAAUUACUAAUCAAAAAGUUCGCAUUAAGUGUAAAGAUUUGAUACAUCGUAUUGCUGUGUAUAAAAACAGAUUAGCAGUUCAGUUAUCAGAACGUGUAAUAAUUUAUGAACCAUCAAAUUCUAAUGAUGGAAUGCAUUAUCGUAUAUAUGAAAAAUUAAAUCAAGCAUUAAAUUGUAAUUUACUUGUUGUUACUACGAACAAUUUAAUUUUGUGUACAGAAAGACGAUUACAAAGUCUAUCAUUUAAUGGUACAAUAGAAAGGGAAUGGAUACUAGAUGGACUUGUAACUUAUAUAAAAGUUGUUGGUGGACCAAUUGGACAAGAGUGCCUUAUUAUAGGUUUAAACACUAGCUACAUAGUGAAAAUAUAUUUAGAUAAUCCUUUUCCAGCAUAUUUAAUAAAAAUUGAGGGUUCAGUAAGAUGUCUUGAUAUCAGUUCAUUGAAAGAAAAGCUUGCUGUUGUUAGUGAUCAUGGAGUUCUUCAUGUAUUUGAUUUAUAUACAGAAGAGAAGCUCCAAGAAUUUCCAAAUGUAAAUAGUGUGGCAUUUAAUAAUAGUUUUGAAGAUAUAAUGUGUUUUUCUAGUGGAGAAUAUUUGACAAUUAAAGUAGGUAAUUUUACGGAAUAUAGACAAAAAUUUUCCGGGCUUGUUAUGGCUAACAAUGGAUCAAAAAUAUAUUGUUUAAGCGGUUCUUCUAUUGUCACAUUAGAGGUACCCUUAUCGUUAUUUAUGUACCAAUAUAUUGAUAUUGGUUUAUUUUCUAAUGCUUAUAACAUAGCAUGUCUUGGAGUAGCAGAUUCUGACUGGUUUGCUCUGGGAACAGCUGCUUUAGAAAAUUUGGAAUUAAAUAUUGCAUACUCUUCCUUUGCUAGAAUAAAAAAUUUGAAAUACAUAGAAGUUUUAUCUGAAGUGGAAGAAAAACUUAAAUCUGGAGAAUGGGGAAGAGAAGCAUGCAUGGCCACUGCUGCAGCUGCUAUGGGAAAGUUAAAAGAUGCUGCAAAACUUUUCCAAAAAGCUGGUUUACAGCAGUAUGCAUUAGCUAUGUAUUCUGAUUUACGUAUGUUUGACAUUGCACAAGAAUUUAUUGUUAGUGGCAACAAUCAGGAUCGUACAAUUUUACUUCGAAAACGAGCAGAAUGGGCCAAAAGUCUUGGGGAACCUCGUGCUGCAGCAGAAAUGUUUCUCUCAGCAGGAGAUGUUGAUCGCGCUAUAAAUAUAAUUGCUGAAUAUGGUUGGAUUGAUAUGUUAAUCAAAGUUGGCAGACAACUCGACAAGGCAGAUAGAGAUAAUUUAACUAUAAUUGCAAAAAAAUUGAAAAAAUUGGGUGCAACUCAUGGUGCAGCAGAAAUUUUUAGUCGCUUAGGAGAUGAUCCCGAUGUAGCAGAUGUUUUAGUAGAAGCUCAAGCUUGGCCAGAAGCAUUUGAAUUAGCUGAAAGGAAUCCCAAAUUGAAAGCAAGAAUAUAUGGACCAUAUGCUAGAUGGUUGGCAGAAACGGGCCAUUUCUCUGAAGCACAAAAAGCAUUUCAGAUCGCUGGACAAUCAGAUGAAUCUGUAAUGGUUUUAAUAAUGUUGGCUAAAAAUGCAGUUAGUGAGAAGAGAUUUCGCGAUGCUUCUUACUUUUAUUGGCUUUUAUCUCAAAUUAGUUUAAAUCUUAAUAGAACCAUGGAUGAAUUGAAAACAAUGUUUUUCCAAUAUUACGAAAAGGCUGAAAUUUAUUAUGCAUAUCACGAAAUACAUAAAUACAUCGAAGAACCGUUUACAUCAUUAAUGCCAGAAGCUCUUUUCAAUAUUGCACGAUUUCUUUUAACUAAAACUGAAAAUAUACAAGUAGAAGGAGUUUCAAAAUUUACCAUAAUAUAUACAUUACUAAAACAAGCUUCUUUUCUUGGUGCUAAUAAAUUAAUUAUGCAAUUACUUGAAAAAUUACGAAAAACAAAAAUUCCGACAAAUCAACUUAGCCAGUUAGAAAUUUCAAGUUUAAAUGCACGAGCUUCUUCUUAUAGAGAUCCUGAAGAACUUUUGCCACUUUGCUAUAAAUGUUCGACGUUUAAUCCUUUAUUACCCUCAAACAAUCAGGGGCAAUGUGUACAGUGCGGACUAAAAUUUCAAUAUUCUUUUGUAAUGUUUGAAAUUUUACCAUUGGUCGAAUUUGAAUUAGAAGAAAAUAUUUCUGAUGAAGAAGCAGAAAAAUUAAUAAAUGAGUCAUUAUCAUCGUCUGAUGAUAUUACAAACACAGAUCAAUUUUCUAUGACACCUGAAAUAGAUCUUUUUACAGCACGUUUAAUGAAAUACGAGGAAAAAUCUAGUUCUUCUACUAUAAUUGUAGGAAGAAAUGUUCUAAAAAGUAUGGAUCCAUGUACAGUAUUAAUUGUUAAAUGGCCAAAGCCAUUUAGAACAAAAUAUUUCAAAAAUCUUUUACCUGAUCUACAAAUUACAUUUUGUAAAUCUUGUUUAAAGCUAUUUCAUUUGGAUGACUAUGAACUGGCUUUAUUACGACAUGGUUACUGUCCAUUUUGCAGAACAGUGAAUAAAAUUUCAAAUUAGUACCUUUCAUUAAUUUGAAUUGUGUAAUUACGAUAUUACGUUUACCGUGAUAAAUUAUAAAUUUAAAUUUAACUUAAAUUAAAGUAAUUUAAUGUAGAUAAUCUAUAUUGGGACUAGUAUAAACGAAUAUCAUUGAUUUGAUAUCAAUGUAUCGUGAACAUUGUACGAUUCGGCAACUUUGUAUUUCUAAUAGCAAGAUCGUAUGCUAUAUAAACUUGAUUGUUGCAAUAAUCGCAUAAUGCUAUAUAAAUUACAUGUUUCUAUGAUCGUAACGAUCUGUUUGAUCGCAUGAUGCAGAUCGUAUGAUCUGUUUGCACUAAAUUUAUAUUCUACUCGCUUUUUUAUUUGCUUUUUAGUACAUAUUAUUUUCUUUAAUACAUAUCUUAUUUUAUCAGUUAUCAAUUAUCUUAUCAGUUAUCAGUUAUCAAUACUUGGAAAUUAAGAUUAAUAUUAUAUAAAUUGUUUACUUUAAUUUAAAGAGCUUUAAA